GGCACACUAGGGACUAGCUGGCUAUCUAUAGGACAUAGCAACCUGUAUAAAAGGCUCAGGUAUCUCACAUUUAGGCACAGAACAAGCCCUAGUUCUAAGAGAGACGUACUGUUCUAUAACUUUACACAAACACUGAGAAAAUGUUCGGAAAGGUGGUGGUUUUGUGCGUCCUAGUCGCAGUUGCUCGUGCUGGAUUGAUAGCUCCACACGGGGCUGUCUCAUCGCAGAGUAUCGUGCUGGGAACGCCCGCUAUUGCGCACGGAUAUGCCGCCCCAGCCAUUGCCGCCCCGGCUUACGGUUACGGCUUAGGACACAGCGCGGUCGUUGCACACGCAGCGCCGGUGCUGCGAGCGCCCUUGGCGUCGCUGGCGCACGCAGCCGCCCCUGUUGAAAUUUAUUCCCACCCCCGCUACCAAUUUAACUAUGGAGUCACCGACGGUCACACAGGCGAUCAGAAGAGCCAGUGGGAAGCGCGUGAUGGCGACGUCGUGAAGGGACAGUACUCUCUGGUCGAGCCUGAUGGCACCGUCCGUACUGUCGACUAUUCUGCUGAUGACCACAACGGCUUCAAUGCGGUUGUAAGCAGACACGGGCACGCCAGCCAUCCUGCAGCCCACGUGGUGGCUGCCCCAGCUCACGGACACUACCUCGGCUAGACCAAGACUACAACAUACUACGAUGACUAUUUAUUUGCAACUUAGCUUAAGCGAUGGAAGGCAUGACGCGCUGGAAAGGACUGACCAUUCGAUUUUCAUUCAUUAAAAGCUUAACCGAAACUUUUGUUUAUAUAAAGCGUUUGAUAACUAUUGUAUUAUAUUUUGUACGUAGAUUUUAAGGUUGUUAUCAGUAAAAUUAUGACUUGUCGAGUAUAUAUAAUGUCAGCGGGGCUUGUGGAAGGUGUUUGAAAGGAAAUAUAAUAUUCUCAUAAAAAAAAAUAUUUUAUGUUUUCUUAAAAAUGAACAUCAAUGUCGAUUUGAUAUUUUUUAUUUUUUUAGAAACAAACAAAAACCAGAUAAUGCAAGCGGUGUGCCAUUACGUAGUGUAUAUUUGAAAAUGGAUAAUAUACUAGAUUUUGCCCGCGUCUCCGUCCGCGUGGCAUACAGUUACUUUGGCAUAACGCUAAAUUUUUCCAUUCACUUCAUUUACGUAGAAAGUGAAAAUAUUUUUGAAUUAUAAAAUGUUACGGAGCUAUUUAAAUCCCUAUUUUGAAACAUUAUUUAUUGGUGCUCCACUUGUAUUGGUCUUACCAUGAUAUUAUAUAACCUAUAGCCUUUCUCAAUAAAUGGGCUAGAUAGCCCAUUGAUGAUAGAUAGCCCACUGAAAUAAUUUUUCAAAUCGGACCAGUGGUUCCUGAGGGCGUUCAAACAAACAAACAAACUCUUCAGCUUUAUAAUGUAUACUUAAAAAUGAAUUGCUGUUCGUUAGUCUCGCUAAAACUCGAGAAAGGCCAGACCGAUUUGGCUAAUUUUGGUCUUGAAUUAUUUGUGGAAGUCCAGAGAAGGUUCAAAAGGUAGACAAAUAUGAAAAUUCCUUUUGUUUGUUUUAUGUUUAUUUUAUACAAAAGUUUAGGUCUUUUAUUUAUCGAUCGAGUCACUACGAAUCUGUCUCAUUUUUAUAUUAUUAUUUAUUCCUUUUUUUUUUUUUUUUUUUUUUUUUUUUUUUUUUUUUUUUUUUUUUUUUUUUUUUUUUUUUUUUUUUUUUUUUUUUUUUUUUUUUUUUUUUUUUUUUUUUUUUUACAAUU